CUCCAUAAAAAAGCCUUUCUUUUAUGUCAUUUUUCAGUUUUUCAAGAAUCGGUUCAGGAAUCGUUUAGGAAUUGGAAUCGUUAUAAAAGUACCGGUUCGGCAUCAGAAUCGUAAAAAUCCAAACGGUACCCAACCCUACACCCACACAGCCCUGCUUACUGCAGAGGACUGUCAUGCAAAAUGGGUUAACGUUGCGUUAACUCUAAAGACCACUGGGUGGGGCUUGCAGAUCAAUUUUCAAACAAGACGUCAUUGCCUCCUCCUCCAUUUCCCUGCAGAUCUCUUUUGUAAGAUGCUGAGCUGUCCGGGCCAGUUCAUUUUCAAUGGUAGUAUUUCCAUUAUCACUGCUUUUACUCUCAGCAGCAUCUCUGCUCUCAUGGCUGGACUCAGAUCUGUUUUAUUCACAUCAUUAUGGAUAUUUUCUCUGGCUGGAGAAGACACAAAGAUUAUCACCGCAAAGUCUGGACAGGACGUGCCUCUUCACUGUCAGGGUCCCAGAGAUGCUGACAUCCCAGGGAUAUUGUGGAGCCGACCUGACCUGGGGUCAGAGAAAUAUGUCUUCUUCUUUAGAGGUAACCGUCCAUAUGAGAACUACCAGCUCCCCUCAUAUCAUGGUCGAGUAAACCUGACUAAUCCGGAGAUGAAGGACGGAGACGUUUCUGUUGUUCUAAAGAACGUCAGCGUCAACGACACCGGAACAUACCAGUGUCGAGUUAUAAUCAGGGGGGGAGAAGAACCUAAACUCUACAGCACCAUCCAGCUAAAUGUGUCAGUCUCAGGUCACACAGUUGGACACACUGGGAGAGGACAAGACACUGGUGGAAAUCUUUGGGUAGUUGGUUGUUGCUGGGCUUGCUGGUUUUGUUGGUUGUAUGAUAUUUAAAUUGUCAUCUCGAUACAGAGAACAUAAAAGCAGGCAUAUGGGUGUUUAGGUUAGGGGGUUUCAAGUGAGAUCUAAAGUCUAGUUUAAGUUCUUGUUGUGUAUCAGCUAGAAACAGAAUAACCCCUAAAUUUCACCAGUUGCGUUUACAGUCUAUGGUAGAGCCCUGCACGGGACUGUUUUCUUCAUCCCGCUCCCGCCGAAUUUCUGACCAUUACCGCCUGCACCCGGAAGCAUCGUGAGGGUAAACAGUAGUGCUCUGGUGUCACGUUACAGUGAAGAUGGAUAGAAUAGACAUUGAACGUUCCGAAAUUGAAGCUGCAGAACUAGUAGAACAUAAUGACACAGCAGAACGUGUGCCAAAAAGUAGGUUUUUUGGUUUUACAAAGUCGUGCUGACUGUACUCGUCGAGCUAACGUUACUCGGCCGUGCUAACAUUAAGACAUGUCACUUCAAGCAUGCAACAUAAUAACAAUCCACCUCCGGUCCCGCUACAGACCGUUGAGAAAGACGGGUUCAGAGCAAUGAUUAAAACGCCGGAUUUAAGAUUCUUACCUCGCCGAAAUACUUCCGCCAAACUACUAACGUUAUUCAAACACCUAAGCAGCUGACAGCGGAGCUCCGCCCACUUUUCUACAACAACCUAAUGUUAACUGUGGUCAAGGUAGUGUUUAAACAGCAAUCUUAUUAAACUAUUUUGUUUUGAAAAGGAAGCAUGUUGGUAUGUGUAUUUAUUUAAGUUCAUUUUACUACUUUGUAUUUUGCACAAUAAAAAAGAUAGUUUAGAUUCUGUAACUGUUUCAUGCAUUCUCCUUCAUAUAACAUUAUUGUAUAAUAAUAUGAAUAGUUUAGAUUCUGUAACUGUUUCAUGCAUUCUCCUUCAUAUAACAUUAUUGUAUAAUAAUAUGAAUAGUUUAGAUUCUGUAACUGUUUCAUGCAUUCUCCUUCAUAUAAUGUUAAAGAAUGUUGUGGAGCCAAGCAAACCCUUUAGUAAUCAAAGCUUUUAAUAAAGAUGAUGACAUUGAAAUGUUUCUUUUUAUAUUCUGACCGUACUGAAUACUCUUCUCCCGUACCGCAUGAGAAAAACUGCUUGCAAACUGCUUGCUGCCCCCUCACAGCGAGGGAGAACUAAUCACUCAACGAAAUCCAGACUGUU